GCAAGUAAUCAACGAGACUAGACCUUUAAAUACAACCUUUGGAUACGAUCACGUGGUACGGUAGCUCCACGACAACCUGCCUUCUCUUUGCUACCGCGUCUGGUUUUGCGAUUAAAAAGGAUGGCAGAACAUGAGCCACCCCUCUCGUGUGACUGCUUUGUGUCCUUGCCCCCCGGCUCGCAAGAUGAUCACGUGAUUUUUGGGAAGAACUCAGACCGUCCUAGAGAUGAGGUCCAGGAGGUUCUUUACUACCCGGCAACCAGUCACCCAUCUGGGACCAUGCUGGAGUGCACGUACAUUCAGAUCCCCCAAGCAGAAUACACCCAUGCUGUGGUCCUCAGCCGGCCUUCCUGGCUGUGGGGGGCCGAGAUGGGGGCCAACGACAAGGGGGUCUGCAUCGGGAACGAGGCUGUGUGGACCCGCGAAGCUAUCGAUCCAGGAGAAGCCUUGCUAGGAAUGGACCUGGUCCGCUUGGGGCUUGAGCGUGCGGACAGUGCCUGGGGGGCGGUGAGUGUGAUCACUGGUCUGCUGGAGCAGCACGGCCAGGGGGGGCCAUGCAGGGAGGACCCGGCGCCCUUCAGCUACCACAACUCCUUCCUCCUGGUGGACCGCAAUGAGGCCUGGGUCAUGGAGACUGCCGGCAAGCUCUGGGUGGCACAGAAAGUCACCGAGGGGGUGAAGAACAUCUCCAAUGCGCUGACCAUCGGGACGGAUAUCUCGGCUGAGCACCCUGAGCUGCGGAGUGUGGCCCAGGCCCAGGGUUGGUGGAGCGGCGAGGGAGAGUUCUGCUUCAACGAGGUGUUCAAGUCUGAAAAUCCCCCCGCCAGGAUGGAACUGGCCAAGAAGCGCUACAGUGGGGGCACACAGCUCCUUCAACAGCAUGAUGGUUCUGUGACGGCCGAGGUGAUGAUGUCCAUCCUGAGGGACAAGCCCAGUGGGAUCUGCAUGGACUCUGGGGGGUUCCGCACCACUGGCAGCAUGGUGUCCAUCCUGCCCCGCGAUCCCAGCCUGCCGUGCAUCCACUUCCUCACUGCCACCCCCGACCCCUCCAGGUCUGUUUUCAAGCCUUUUAUCUUCUCUGAGUCUGUGACCCCAGUGUCGAGGGUGAUCUCCCCACAGUACGGCCCAGACGACCCGGUCAGGAAGCAGCCACGCUUCCAGAGCCAAGUGGACCGCAGGCACGACCUGUACAAGGCCCAUGAGGGGGCCCUGCAGACUAUGGAGACCAACCCAGACGCAGGGAAUGCUCUGACGGAGACAUUGAGGAUGUUGGAGGGCCAGUGUCUGACGGACAUAUCAGCCCUGCUCAGUGGAGAAAUACCAGCAGAUGAGGAACUGGGGGACCUGUUCUUUGACUGUGUGGACACGGAGCUGAAGUUCUACCAGUGAGGAGCGCCCUCAUGUGGAGAAUGCUAGUGCUUGCAGAUCGGCAGGAGAUGGCCCUGGGACUGUUACAUCCUGUGCUCCUGUUAGAUUGGCUCCCUCCCAUCUCACGCAUACAAACCCCCUGAUGCCAUUCCAUCCAUCAUUAACACAGAAUAUAAAUGUCUUAACGUUCCAUGGGAUUGGAGCAUCAUUAUCAUUUGUAUCACUUUAGGGAGCAAUGCUCGCCCCACAUUAGUGAGUAUGUGAUAGACCACUACAGGAGUGUACAUUACCAGUUAAAUGUUUGGACACACCUACUCAUUCAAAGGUUUUUCCUAUUUGACUAUUUUCUACAUUGUAGAAUAAUAGUGAAGAUGUCAAAACUAUGAA